UCAGCCAAAUGGCGAACGGAAGGACAAAUUAUAAACAAGUACGCGGAACUGGAAAACACUGGGCCUUAUCACAUAUUUAAGUAAGAUAAUUUUACAUUUUUUUGCAGACAGAAACAGCAGUAUCGCCAGUGCAGGGGAACAAGCAUUUUAUUUUCAUAGUUAGCAUACAACCGAGCUAGGCCUCUUAACUCUAGGUGUCUGGACGUAAGUGCUAUGGCUAGCUAGCUAGCUAGUUGGCUAACUUAGCUAAUCAGUCAGAUUACUCAUAACAGGGGGAAACAAAACAGUAAGUUACCAAGCAAUAACUUUAAACGCAAUAAAAAGUGUUUGCGGCUAAAUAUACCAUGAGUACAGCGUCGGACAGCAGUGAAAAGCCGUCCGAAUGUAGUAGAAAGAGAGGCGCGAGCCCGCGGCAGCAGGAGGACUCCCCGCUGUCCAAACAGCCCCGAGCCGACGAGGAGAGCGAUGGAGAGACCGAUGCCCGUGAACGCGCCGAAAAAGACGCCGGUCGAUUAAAGCAACAAAAUGGCGCAUCAGAAAGUAACACUGCUCUUGAGUUUUCCGAAAGCAGAGAGCAAGAUGCGAAUGGGACAAAAAACGCCGGAGGGACUGAACGGAAGGAGAGCGCUGGAGAUGGAGAGCCGUGUGAAGGCCAGUUGGCGCGCUCAGAUUGCGCAACGAUAGUUGCAGCUGAAGUACUCGCGAGCCUCACCGCCGGCCGGGACCAGGGCAAUGAAACACCUUGUUCAUCCAAACAAGCCAGUACACAGGGCCGGGCCGAGCUGGGGCCGAGCGGGCGCGCGGAGAACAGCAGCUCGGCUUCCCCGCUGAGAGGUGUCGGUGGAGAGGUGCGCGCGCGCCGCUCAGAUGAGGUGGAGGAUGAGGAGGACGAUGAUAAUAAUGAUGAUGAUGACGACGACUCCCUCCCCGGGUCCUCCUUGACAGCCAGUUCGUCUGAUGACGACGAUGAGGAUCAGGAGCGUGAUGAGUGCGCCAUCGUGUCGGUACAGAUGGCCCCCGAGCUGCGGCGCUCCGUCGCGCUUCUGGCGCACGUGCAGAUGCGGCUGGACGCGCUGGAGAAGAAGGGCGCGCGCAUGCACCGGCGCCUCGAACUCAGACUGGGCCGUCAGCGGCGUCCUCACCUCGAGCAGCGCGCGACCAUCGCGCAGAGCAUCCCGGGCUUCUGGCUCACUGCCCUUCUCAACCACCCACACUUGUCAGCACAAAUUGAUGAAAAUGAUGAAGAUGCUCUUAGCUACAUGAUCAAUUUGGAGAUCGAGACUUUCAGAAACAACAAACUCGGCUACCGAAUAUGCUUUCAUUUUCGUCGGAACCCAUUCUUUCAGAACAAAGUAAUAGUUAAAGAGCUCCAUGUUGGUUUGGGAGGAUCCCCAGUUUCUUUCUCAAACCCAAUAGUUUGGCAUCAUGGACAAUCCUUGACAAGAAAUGGAGAACCAAGGCGGAAUUCACGAGGAGUUUAUGAGAGUUUCUUCCACUGGUUUGAUGACCAUAGUAGUCCUGGGAUGGAUGAAAUAGCACAGAUCCUGAAGGAUGACCUGUACAAAGACCCUCUCAGGUACUACCUUACACCACUGUGGGAGCCACGGGAAAAUGGCAGUAUAUCCAAACCACCCCAAAACAGUAAUGGAGAUGAGUGUGUGAUCAUCUCGGACUCGGAUGAUGACGACCAGGAGCUGGUCAGCCACGAUAGACAUCAAGAACACAAUGAUGAGGAAAACAAAGAUAAAAAUCAUGUGACAGGUGCUGGUGACAGUGACCAAGACGGUGUGGAAUCCUCAACUGAGGAGAGGCAAGAAGAGGAAGUAGAUAUAGAGGAAAUAGAUGAGGUGUGUCACUCAGCCAGCAGUGAGGUCAGAGAGCUGGACCAGGAUGAGGAAGAGGAAGAAGAUAUCGAAGUUAAUGAAGAUGAGGAGAGAGAAGAAAACUAGCAAAAGUGUGCAUACAAGAUUAUUAUUCUUUAAGCAAAUUCUGGACUCAUUAGGGCAUUGUUAUUGCAAGUAGCUGAAUCCUGUCUGAAAAGUACAGUAUCAUGUCAGCUUUAAAAAAAACAACAAAAAAAUGGCAAAAAUUGCUGGUUGUAAUAUAAGCUAAUGCAAGAUGACGUCAUUAAUAUUUUGCUACAAAAUACAGGAUGUAGAUAAGAAAAACUGGAAGGUUUAAUAUGAGGUAUGUUACAUGUCAGUGUAAUCAUGUGUACAGUCUCUGUGUUGUAUUCAUUCCCAAUCCACUUUAACUCAUAAAUGUUUAGUUUAAGCAACAGUAAAAUGUUUAACAGUAAACACUGUUAAAAUGCACUUUUUAAUGCAUGUUCUCUUUUCAGCUAUAUGGGCAACUAUUAUAACUCAGUUACAUAGCCCAGUUAAAAUGUUCCUGAUGGCCCACAGCAUUGUUCUUGUUUGUUUUUCAUGAUGUGCUUCUGCAGAAGAGCCAGAAGUCUGACUUGCAUUUUUUAUUUUAUUUUUGUUUAAUUUUUAACACAGAAUUAAAUUCUUGCUAUGCAUAAGGAUUUAUACGACCAAUACCACAAAAUCAAAACCCUUUAACCAGAUUUGUUGGUUGUGAGUUUGCUAUUCUUUAAGAUUUUGUGGUAAUCAUUCUUAAAGGGUGUGUUCUAAAUAAAUUGAAACUAGAUGCACUUAGUUUUGAACCAAAACUGGACCACUCAGGGAUGUUUAUUACAGUGAAUUCUGUGUUUUUAUUGGGUAUCAUAAGAUGCGUUACUCUGGUCUGGAUUUGUUAAUAGUUAUUCAAAUUUUUAGGUAAAUUUGUUAAAAUGAUUAUAGAUUGAUAUCUUUUUGUUUGUUUCUUUGUAAGAAUAAGCAGAUGGAAACACUUCUGCCACAAGGAACUACUUUUCUGUGCAUGGUAGGAAACUUCAGCACUAGUUUGGACUAUAUGGCAGCUCUGUUUAUAAUAAUGGCACUCAAAAAUAGAUGGCAGCACACUGUUGAUACACAUGCAUGAACAUGCUAUAAGCAGUCCCAAGCUGUAAUGUAGUUAUUUCUUUUUUUUUUCUUUCAUAAUAAUAAUAAUAAUAAGGAGAUCAUUAACCCAUGUGUGGUCUAGCAUUAUCACUAAUCUUUUAUUUUAAUGAUACAUUUAUAACAUAAAUUUACAUUUGUACAAGUGUGUAUAUGUAGGACAUUUGUAAUUUGUUUCUAUAAUGUCAUAGGCAGUGCUGACUUCCUGCUGUAACCCACACCAUUUUUUAUUUUAUUAUUUAUUUGAUUCAUAAAUAAUUAACUGCCACUUAUGAUGAUAAUCAUGCCUUGUCCACACAUACAACUUAAUUUUUGGUUGGCAAAAUCUUCAAAUACUACAUUUAUACAUUGAAGAUGUUUGUUGCAAGUGUAAUUUCUAACCCUUCAUCGAGGGUUUCUAAUUUGUUAAUUUUGUAAUUUAAAGUGUAUUUGACCUAAAGCACCAGAAGAGAAUGCUAUUUUUGUGUGGUAAAGUUUAUAGCUUAAAGGUUUAACAUAUAUGGUAUGAUUUGUCUUUAAGUAACUGUUCCUUUUUAAAAAACAAAAAAUAAAAUAAAGGUUUUUCA